CAAAAAACCCGUGGCGGAGGUUGCCAAAUUUAUUCACCGUAAAACCCACGCUACUCGAACAAAUCACGACUCGAUAUCCAACUUUGCGUUUCGUUCACCGCGUUGAAAAAGACCGCUGCAUGUGGCAUGGACUAUCCUGUUUCCUUUACGGAAUAAAACUGGUCCACCGAGAGCCGGGAUUGUGUGCGUAUACUUUUUACCGUGUGUGAGUAUAACUAAUCGUAAGUUCACACGCAAUCCGCACUCUCACAUUUAUCAUGUCGGGAUAUACCGACAUAUAUACACACAGCUGCAGCCGCGUUACGCCUCAAAUAUAUCGAUCAAUUUAUCACAAGUAAAGCAACUUGUUGAAACGAGUUUUGUAGCUGGUGCCACACCGUCGUGGCAGCAGUCGAAGUGCAGCAUGAUCACGUUCGCGUUAAAAGUCGUGACGCUUCUGCUGACAACCCUAAUCGUGGACGGAGGAUCUCUGACAAAGCAAGAAAGUCUCGAGGUGAAGCCAUCCAACAAUAUAAAACGCUCGCCAUUAGAGUUGGGGUUAGUUUCAUUCGAGCUGGACCGAAGUCACGGCAGACAUUUCAGAGUGAUCCAGGAAAGCAUUCCGGUUACGUCGAAAUCCCGUACAAUAUCAACAACCUCGACAGUUUCUAGCAAGAAACAUCCCGCCGGAGAUCACGUCCUCGUUCCCGUGGAUCUGGCUGACAAUGGACCGCAUCGCGUGAUCUUCCCGGUCGUUGACAAGAUCCAUCGUAUCGAUCCAAGGGUCAUCGUUGAACACAAAGAACUCCUGGUCGAUCACGCAGCCAAAAUUGUUCUCGAUCAGAAGCACCUGGUCCUCGAUAGAUCCCCGGAGAACACCGUCGUCCUCGCGUCGAGACCCCUCAUCCUGAGUCCUUCGGGACACCAGAACCUCAUCGUCGAAGAUCCUAACUCCCAUACGGUGUUCUUCGCCCACAAGCCAGUCCUGGUGGGCCGAAACGAGCACGGAACUAACGUCCUCAUUCACUCGCGACAGAAAACGUUAGUCCACAAGAACCUUGGCCUCGGAGGCAGCAGAGCCAUCUUGCUCACCCCGAAGAACCAAAUCCACGAGAUAAUCGUUCACAGACACGUCUCGAAGCCGGUUCCAGACCAUGAAGACGACGACCAUAACACGAAUGUCUUUAGGAGUCACUAUGGUGGCUUUGGUGUUGGACUAAAUUACGGUGGACACGGAGCAGGUCACGGCUUCCAUGUGCCUGUCUUUUGAAUUUUUAUCCUCCCAAAAUUUAGUGCUACGAAAGCUGCGUGCCGAGGUGUCCGAUGAAGUUUCCGGAAAUAAACUUCAUUCCGAAACUACAGAUGCUUGCAUGGGCCGAUUGUGAGCAGGAAAUUAUCAGGCUGACUUUGACUACCCAGAAAAAU